GCCAUGGGUGCAGAGGUCAGAGUCACGGGUACAGAGGUCACGCCAUGGGUGCAGAGGCCACAGUCACGGGUACAGUGGUCACAGUCACAGGUGCAGAGGUCACAGUCAUGGGUGUGGUCCUUCGUGUGAGUGUGUCCCGGGCACUGUCAGCUGCGGCGUGGCCAAGGAGCAAGGCUCAGCUCCCGUGGUUCUCCUCUCAGAUGCAGUCUGUUCCCACGCAGAGCCAGCUGUCCGGGACAUUUCUGCCACGUGGGACUCGCCGUGUCCAUCUGCCCCGUGGCUGGGACCCGGGGUGCCCUGUAUGCAACUGUUUGCAUCCCUCCCCGCCAUGUCCCCUGCUCCCGUCGUGGACAGGCCACGUGGCAGAAGCACAGGCGUGGGACGUGGCUCACCCCGGUGUGCAGCCUGGCCUGAGACUCAGCUUCUGCCUUGCUUGUGGCCACCUGUGGCCCCAGUCGGCCACAUUGAGGACUGAACCCCAUGGCCCUGGACAUGUGAGCAGAGUCUGGCUCCUCCCCCAGCAGCGCUGAGCACGUGUCCAGGUGAGACCAGCAGCUCCGAUGUCCAUCUGGUGUGGCUGGCACCAGCCACGUUGUCACCACAUCAAAGUGACUGCCGCGUUGCUUGGUGGACAGCCCAGAGUGCACUCCUGCAGGACCCCAGCCGUCCUGGGCAUCUCCUGGGAUUUCAUCUCGGGCCAGGUCAGAGCGGGAGCCAUGUGGUCGGAGCUGGGGGAGCCGUGGAGGGGAAGGGCUUGGCUGGGACUGUGGGUGGCAGAGCUGAAGACAUCCCGGGAAACGGUUUCUUUUUUUUUAAUUCCUUAUAUCACUUUUGUUCUCUUGAUUGCUUUUUUCCUUUUUUUUUUUUUUAAAGAGAUUUAUGUAUUUGAAAGGCAGAGUUACAAAGAGGCAGAGAGAGAGAGAGAGAGAGAGGUCUUUCAUCUGCUUCUUCACUCCCCAAAUGGCUGCAACGGCCAGAGCUGGGCCCAUCUCAAGCCAGGAGCCUCUUCUGGUCUCCCAUGUAGGUGCAGGGGCCCAAUCUGCUGUCCCCAGCCACAGCAGGGAGCUGGAUCUGAAGUGGAGCAGCUGGGACUCAAACAGGCACCCAAAUGGGAUGCCAGCACUGCAGGUGGCGGCUUAACCUGCACCACAGUGCUGGCUCCUCUCAUUCUCUCUCUCUCUCACUCUCUUAAAGCAUUUAUUUAUCUAUGUAUGUAUGUAUGUAUGUAUGUAUUUGAAAGGGGGUGGAGAGAGAAACAGAGACACCUUCCGCCUGCUGGUUUACUCCCCAAAUGCCCUGAACAGCCUGGGCCGAGGAGACUCAUGGGUCAGCUGCCCCUGCUGCCCCCGGGAGAUCUGAGGACUGACGCUGGGUUGACACAGCCCAUGCAGAGUCAGACCAGACCGAACUGCAUUUGAAAACCAAAGUCAAUGCCCAUCCUUGCGAAGGGGCUGUUGGAUGGGGUGGGGGGUGGGGGUGGAAAUGGAGGCCUUCUGCUGUUCGCUUGGGGUGGGGUAGGGAGUGGCACAAGGGGUGAGAGAAGAGAGGCAAGGCUGGAGCAGGAGAAGCUGGGGCUGGAGCAAGAAGAGAAGCUGGGGAGGGCGGAGAAGCUGGAGCGGGAGGAGAAGCUGGAGUGGGAGAAGCUGGAGUGGGAGGAGGAGCUGGAGCAGGAGGAGGAGAAGCUGGGGUGGGAGGAGAAGCUGGAACGGGAGAAGAAGCUGGAGCGGGAGGAGGAGAAGCUGGAGUGGGAGAAGCUGGGUCCGAAGGAGGAGCCUGAGCAGGAGGAGGAGCUGGAGCGGGAGGAGGAGCUGGGGUGGGAGGAGGAGAAGCUGGGGUGGGAGGAGAAGCUGGAUCCGAAGGAGGAGCCUGAGCAGGAGGAGAAGCUGGAGCGGGAGGAGGAGCUGGGGUGGGAGGAGGAGCUGGAGCGGGAGGAGAAGAAGCUGGAGUGGGAGAAGCUGGGUCCGAAGGAGGAGCCUGAGCAGGAGGAGAAGCUGGGGUGGGAGGAGGAGCUGGAGCGGGAGAAGAAGCUGGAGUGGGAGAAGCUGGGUCCGAAGGAGGAGCCUGAGCAGGAGGAGAAGCUGGGGUGGGAGGAGGAGCUGGAACGGGAGGAGGAGCUGGAGCGGGAGGAGAAGAAGCUGGAGUGGGAGAAGCUGGGUCCGAAGGAGGAGCCUGAGCAGGAGAAGCUGGGGUGGGAGGAGGAGGAGCUGGAGCGGGAGGAGGAGAAGCUGGGGUGGGAGGAGGAGAAGCUGGGGUGGGAGGAGGAGAAGCUGGAGUGGGAGAAGCUGGGUCCAAAGGAGGAGCCUGAGCAGGAGGAGAAGCUGGGGUGGGGGGAGGAGCUAGAGCAGGAGGAGGAGCUGCAGCGGGAGGAGGAGCUGCAGCGGGGGGAAGCCAGCUCUCUGCAGGGCUGACCUGGCCCCGGCGCCCCCUGGGGACCCCGCGUGCCCAGGUCACUGAGCUGUCACAGAAACGGCGAUGAAGGCCCCUUAUUAAAAACAGAACCAGCCGUGUGUGGCAGGACAGACCACGCAGGUGACCCAGCGCUGCGCAGAGCCCCUCCGUGGCCUAGAUCUCGGAGUCCCGGUGGCUCCUGCUCGGGGACCGGGGGCGCCUUCCCUCCGCCAGCCGUCCGCAAGGGUGCACGGCGGCUCCGAGCCGAGGACUAAUUAUGUCCCGGAGCCUGCGUCCAGGCCCUGCCCGGGCAGGCCGCGUGCCAGCUGGGGGCCCCAGGACGAGGAGCGGGCAGCUCCUUGGCAAUGCAGGGCCAGCCUCUGCGCUUGCCACGUGUCUCUGGGACUCCGAGCCGCUUCUUGGAUGUCGCUCUCGGAGCCCUUGCAGAGCGGUGGAGAGAAGCCAUCGGGGCGUCUGCAGCCGCAAUCCACCAUCUGGCGGCUCAGAAAUAUUUUAUCAUCAAAUGAGUAAGCCUGGCUUCUCGCACUGCACACACACGCACACGCAGCCCUCGCCCCUCGGCUCCCAGUGUGCACGUGUGUGCACGUGUGUGUGUCCGUGCGUGUGCGUGUGUGGGGCUCAGUGGGAAUUCCGUCCCCUCACCCUCUGCCCUCGCUCGUGGGGCAGCCGUGGGCAGGUCCAAGUCUUGCGUCCUCGACUCACGCGUGGGGGGGUCGCGGUGCCACCACGCAGCCUGCUGGCGGCUCAGAAGGCGGCCGUGCGUGCGUGUGUCUGGCUGUGGUGCUGUGUAUCACCUUUUCAAAAAUUUUUUAAAGAUGUAUUUAUUUAUUUGAAAGGCAGAGUUACAGAGCGAGAGAGAGGUCUUCCCUCUGCUGGCUCACUCCCCAAAUGGUCACAAUGGCCGGGGCAGGGCCAGGCCAAAGCCAGGAGCCAGGAGCUUCCUCCAGAUCUCCCACGUGGGUGUAGCAGCCAAAGCACUUGGACCAUCUUCUACUGCUUUCCCAGGCCACAGCAGAGAGCUGGAUCAGAAGUGGAGCGGCCGGGACUGGAACCGGUGUCCAUAUGGGAUGCUGGUGCUGUAGGUGGCGGCUAACCACUCUGCCACAGUGCCAGAAUGUGGCACAUGCGUGGUCACCAGAGAACACGUAGAAAACAUGAUGAAACUGGAAAACAAGUUAAUCAUUUAUACCACUCACCGCCGUCUCCACUGAGUGGGCAGCCACAGAAAACCCAUUGCCCCAGUGUGGGCGGUUCCCUGAGGGGCCUGGGCACCCAGGUGGCCUACCCAGGGCGACACUGAGUUGCUGGGCCCGUCUGCAUGUGUGUGUGUGGGAGGGA